AUGCCCAAAAGAAAAGCUGAGAAGAAUGCUAAAGGAGAUACAGCCAACAUGAAGAAUGAACCACAGAGAAGAUUCACAAUGUUAUCUGCUGAACCUUCUUCUCCAAAGCCAGAACCCAGACCUAGAAAAGCCCCUUCAAAGAAAGGAAAGAAGGUACCCAAAGGGAAAAAAGGAAAAGCUAAUGCUAGCAAGGAUGGGAACAACCCUGCAGAAAAUGGAGAUGCAAAAACAGACCAGGCACAGAAAGCUGAAGGUGCUGGAGAUGCCAAAUAA